GACGUCAAUAUCUGAUCAUAACAUAAUAACACGGAUGAUAUUGCACGGGGACAGUAAUGACGGAAGAUUAAUUAGGUUAUAUCCUUUGUCUCACAAUAGCGUAACGUUACAGGAACUAGAAACUAACACAUUGGCGGAGUCAUACUUAUCUGAAACUAACGUCAUGAAACAAUAUUAACCCAAACUAAACGCUUUUGGAGCCAUUAAGUGAGUUUAUGGCCGCAUUCUGAACUUCACGACAAGACACAACGACAGAUAAUCAUGUUCAGUUUCCUCGGACUCCGUAAAGACUCAAAGAAGUCAACAGCUGAGAAGGAAGCUGAUGGAGGCUUUGUUAUCGUUGGAGAAACUGUUGAGGAGCAGAGACGGAAGAUGCAGUCCAUGAACAUCGCACAGCGUUCAACAAACGUCAUUGUGCAACCGUCAAAGUCAUCCUGUCCAACUCCAGCUCAACCCAUGGACACAAAUCUCCCUACAGCUUCACCUACCACAGCAUUGAUAGCUGGGCCCAGCUCAGCAGUGGAGGCUGCUUCCACUCUCCCAGACCUCCUUGGGGAUGUCCCCUUCACUUUGGCACCUCAUGUCCAGGCUAUGCAGGCAGGGUUCCCCCUCAUCCCUGAUGUGCUGCUGUCCCGGGACAUGAACUACAACCUGGCCAAUUUUCAGUAUGACUUCACUUUAGAGAACUCUGUGCUCCAUAACGCAUAGUCUGUUUAGAGUCUAAUAUCAGGACUGUCAUCAUGAGUUCACUCUGUGGGGAACUUGGCUGAUAGAUUGCUCUAUUGGAACCUAUUCUUGGGUUAUGUCAGAGGUUCCAGCCUUACAACAUACUGAGCAGGCACAUCUGAUUUUGUAGUUACUGUAAGAAUAAAUAAACAAAUUAAAAUGACAUAAAACUUAAGAUAUGUUUUAAGAAAAUGCAGAACCAUUAAAUUUCUGUAGAUAACUCCUUGUUCAUUUUCUAAUUUCAAAUUAGAGCUAUUGAAAACAAAUGAAAUUACGUUGGAAAGCAUGAAAAUCUCAUUGGACAUACAACUGAUGACCAUGAGAAGUUCCAACUUUAUAGUGUAAUAGAAACUGAAUAGACUUCUUUGUUACAAUGCUCUCAAUGUGUACACAGUCAGGGCACCUGCUGUUCACUUUCAUUACAGAGCCUGUUUAUGAUUGGUUAAGACAUCAUGACUGUCAAGUCCUUAGGCACAUUAGAAAUACAGUACAGUUAUAAUGAUGUUGAACAGUCAACAGUUAAAAGACUAAUUUUGGUUUAUUACUGUUCAUAUCAGUAAAACUCCCUAAUUUUACCCCUCUCUUUUGUUGCCUCUUCCAAAUAAGUUUGACUGAUUUAAGUAUUUGUUAACAACCUGUCUGAUCACAUGACCACUAGAGUUUUGCCACCUGACUGGAAGUCAAUGGGCCCCGACAAAGAAUCAGGUUUCAAAUUUGAGCAAAGCCUCAAACGUGGGUCGGGUUUGGUUUUGGCUGUUUUCCAGUGUAAUUUCUAAGAAAUUUCUCUUUCUGACUGUGCCAAUUGUCUGAGUCCAUGCACGUCAUGAUUUGCUAAAAGAUAAACAAUAUCCACUGAGAAGAGGGUAAAAGGAAACAUAGCCUCAGGUCUCAGGUUGGGUCUGGGCCUCAAAAUGGCAGUAGCUGUCUGGUUCAGACAUGUUGGGUCUUAAAGACACGGGUACACGCCAGGUUCAGGUCUCAGUUUUGGGUCUGUGCAGAACUCUGCUGACUGCUCGUCAGAUCACAGCAACUAACUUGGAGAGUACAAUUCUAUUAUUAAAGAUACAAAUGACAGCCGAAACCACAAAAGUGAGACCCAAGUUGUAAUAAACUGUAAUCAUCCUUUAAGUGAAGAUUGAUAUAUUAUUGCUUAGGCUUCCAUAGUCCCUGUGUGAACUAUCUACUGUUUAGAAUAGGGUGUCAUUUCAAAUGGUACCAAAGACUUUUUCAGGUCAUUUGAGGAUGUGACACAUAGAUGAUAAAGCAAUAACUUCAAGUUUAGAACUUGGACAAUAAAAUGCCUACCUCCCAGUGAGUUAAACCCAAGUCUUCAAUAGAAUCAUUGAAUGGAAAGUACUAAUUCAUGUCUGGUCUGGUAUGAACUGCAAUAGUGAAAAUGUACAUUAAGGGCUACAGCUCUUAUGAAUUUAAUAUGAUGCCAUUUGUAUAUUUAACUUUAUCUGUAGCAAAAACACUUUUUGUUGCAAUUAAUAUUUCGUCUAUUUUAUAACUGUUAUUCCCUACUAAUCAUCACCAUGUUUAAAUUUUACUCCCUGAAUGUGGCCUUCCUUUUGAUCCAGCAUCAGCACAUUUUUCUGCCAGCAUCAGUUUAUUUUUGUUAUUUAGUCUCUCCAUUAGUCUUUGCUUUCUUGUGUUAAUGUCAUACAUUUUCAAUAGAGUCCUUGUUUUCUUGCUUGGUAUGGUUUGUGCACUUUUUACCUCUAUAGAAAUUAUUUUAAAGCAUGACAGCAUGUAUUGCACACAAUGUAUACCUAAGAGGUUAAGCUGUAUGGUUACUUUUUAUGUUUAACAUUACUGUAAAAGAGAUAGAACAAGAGUCCUAUCUCUUUUCACUGGUUGAAGAGUGAUGCAGUAUUCCACAUAAUGUGAAGUCGCUUCCCAAGUGUUUGGGAUUCACCUUACACAAACUGCACAGCAUUAACUUCAUCAGUACAACAACAGAAUAAUGUAAUACUACUCCAAAUCUCUCUUCUAUAACAGAAAUACAGUUUUAAUUUACUACUUAUUUCCAGUUGCUUUUACUUUGCCAUUUUUGCAAUCGUUGUCAAUGAAAAUCAACACUUCCUGCACAGGUAUUUCACAUUUAAAGUCUUCCAGUCUUCUCUCUUCUGGUAGGCUUUAAAUUUGGACAAAUAUUCAGGAAGUGUUGUGUCAUUGACUGUAGCUUAGCUUAUUUGGAAGCUAUUGGAAAUAAUUACUGAAUCAAACGAGUAUCUCUGUUGGAAAGAGAAACAGAAAGCAGCAGAGUGGUGAGUAUGAUAUGACUGUUGUUGUACCGAUGGAUUUAGUGCUGUGGGAUAAUUAUGCUGAAUUUACUGCUAUUAUAGUACAGGUACACCUCCACUAUGUUAUUUUACCUUGCUAUUAUUUGAGACAUGGUCAUUACAUGAAUACUGGCUUUUAUAUGAAAAUUUACAGUAGUUACAUUAACCAAGUUACAAUCUCUUGUAUUUUAUCGCUGUAAAAUAUACAGGGGAUUUCACUAUUCAUUCAUCUGUAGGUCUUGUUUUAAGUGGUUUUCUUACAAUGACGUGCUUAUCCUGGUUUGAAGUAUAUUCUCAACAGUUGGCUGGAUUUGUCUUUCACCUUCAACAAGGGUGUUUUCUUUUGAGGUUCUUUGUAAGAAUGAUCUUUUUAAUAAACAUAGAAAUUUUGCUGAA